GUCGUUACUGUGCCGUCGGACUGCCGAAUAUGCCGCGAUGACGGAAGACGAGAAAUCUGAGAAUGUCACCAUCCUGGCCGAGAACUACGGCCGGGCGCCCACCGCCACGGUCUCGAGCCUGAAGUCCGAGGACUCCACUGAACAGUUGAUUUGUAAAACUCCGCAAAAGUCCGCCAAGGAAGUUAAAAAGAAAAAGCAGAGUGUCAGCUCGAAAAGUGUUGAAGCGGGGACGGUGGAUGGUAGUGGUAGGAAGAAAUUGGUUGUGUUUUUGGGGUUGGGGCAGGUGAUUCUUGGGGCGUUGUUGGUGGGCGCUGGGGCGGUUGCUGUGGUGAAGGGCGCCGCCCUGUCGAGGGUCGGUGCUGGACUGUGGGCGGGGUGUGUAGCAGUGGUUGCUGGGGUUGUCGGUGUGCUAGCAGGGAUCAAUGAUUGCUAUGGAUUGAACAGCAGCGGUAAUGGAAACAGCCCGUUGCUGACGGCGUUCCUGGCGCUGUCGCUGUUAUGCCUCGCGUGCGGGAACAGCGCCGCUGUGUUGGCAGCCACCGGCCUUCAGAGAGACUCCAUGCGGGCACCCUCACCACCGCUGUCCAGUUUUGAGGAUGAAAUGGAAGCAUGGACGCCUGUACUCACCAACAUAGCCCUUCUCAUCAUCGCCAGCGUCCACUGUCUGGUCUGCAUCAUCAGCAUAUACCACCUCUCCAAGCGUAUAUGCCCCUGUUUCCGUCCAAAGCAGGCGUUCGACCACAACCAAUUCGAUCCAACCUUCAAAACUCAGCCGUACGUGAUACACGUCGAUGAAAAGAAGGUUCUCGAAGAAAAGAUUAGAAACCACGAGCUUUGUAAGGACCUGGAGGUGAAGCUGCAGGGGGAGACGUUGAAGAAAAAGAAGGAGAGUACAGACACUACGGCGUCAGGUGCGGAGUACGGCAGCGCGAAUAGCAAGGAGAAGUUGGUGACGCACUGGCUGGGUCGCCACCAGGGUGCCCUCACCACCACCACCACGGGUGGUCGCCGUCGGCCCGGCGUGCGGAAGGCUAGGAAGCACCACACACCCGUCGUGCUAUUGCCCGCCCACCACGCCACCACGUUGGGUCGUGUUCCAAUGCCGGUGAACAUGUUGGUGCCUCCGAGGUACGCGACGCUGCCGCUGCAGCCAGCACACUUCGCGCAACACGGGCCCCCCGGGCCCCACGGGCCCCCAGGGCCCCUCUACUAUCCUGUACACGACACUCGCGUCCGGCGGCGCCGCUCGCCGCGCUCUCCAAGGCACGAGCGGCGGCGGGCGGGCGGGCGCGGACGCGAGCGCGACUCGCAGCUCACCCGCUCGCUGGAGCGGAUACACCGCAAGCGGCGAGCGGAGCGGGAGCGGAUGAGCGAAGCUGACCUCAAGCGGACCUAUACGGGCCUCGACAGGGCAUACGCUGAACAAUUCAUAGCGGUGUGCGACGAGAGUCGACACGCGGCUGAACAGCACGACUCCCUCGGGAGUACCACCAGCUCGAGUGACGGUCCACAAUCGCACGACCUCUGAACCUUCACCAAGCAAGAAUUCUAACUCCUGGCUUUUUUAUCAUAAGACUAACCCACCCCUGAUGAAAUUAGUGUAGGGAUCUCUAUUCAGCCCUGAUGAAAUUAUUGUAGGGAUCUCUAUUCAGCCCUGAUGAAAUUAUUGUAGGGAUCUCUAUCCAGCCCUGAUGAAAUUAGUGUAGGGACCUCUAUCCACCCCUAAUGAAGUCAUUGUAAGGACCUCUAUCCA